AUGUCAUCUCCAGAAAGCACUGCUGUUAGCGGGAUUCAGGGCUCCCUGAUCAAACUGCACAGCUUUCUUACAGACUCAGACACCAGAAACGCUGCUCUCAUAUGCCAUGAUAUUAUAGGAGACCUGGGUCAGGAAUGUAUGCUGACCAAGAGCGAGAAUGAACUGGUUUUUCAGACAUCCUUGCUGUUUGCUAAAGAAGAGGGACUUCUCAGCUUUCUUCGGAAGUCCCUGAAUAAUGACCAGCUCCAGGAUACCCGGGUGGAUAUUCUCCAUCUGCUGCAUCAAUUCCUGCAGAAAAUGGCAGACAAUGUAAAAGGAUGGGAGAACAACUAUGCAACUGAGAUAAAGGAUGCUUGUCUUGUUGUCUACACGAAGGACAAAUCUGCAAAAUGUAGGGCUCCUGUUAUCGAGUUGCUUAUUAAGAUACUUUAUCUCACCAAGGACUCAAGUGUUGUCCAAGACUUUAAGAUCAGGGAUAUUUUCAACAAGUUCUAUGGGGAGUUAUGUCAAAAAAGCAGGAUUCCUGACACAGUUCUUGGUAAUAUUUAUGAGCUGCUUGGAGUGUUGGGUGAGGUGCAUCCCAGCGAGAUGGUCAACAAUUCAGAUAAACUCUAUAAGGCAUACCUGGGAGAGCUUAAAGUACAGAUGACCUCUGCUACGAAGGAGCCAAAACUUCCUGUUGUUGCUGGUUGUCUGAGAGGGGUCACAGCGCUGAUGGUAAACUUUACCAAAUCAAUGGAGGAAGACCCUGCUACCUCGAAAGAAAUCUUUGAUUAUGCACUGAAGGCUAUUUCCCCACAGGCUGAAAUGAAGCGCUAUGCAGUCCCAUUUGCUGGACUUAAACUCUUCACAAAGCAUGCAGGCCAGUUCAGCAGCUGCCUCAUGGAUCACUACAGGACUUUGUUUGAAAUCAUGUCCAAACUUUGUGGACACAUAAACAGUGAAAUGAAGAAGACCAGCUACUCUGCUCUUGAAGCUUUUCUAAAACAGGUUGCUGCACUUGUGGCUGAGAAUAUUGAACAGCAUGAAGGCAAGCUGAAGUACUUCAUGCAGAAGUUUUGCUCUAUUAUCAGGACAAUGGAUUCAUCUAACAAAGAGCUGUCCAUCGCUAUCAGAGGAUAUGGACUUUUUGCUGCUCCCUGUAGGGCUGUGUGCCCUCAAGAUGUGGAUUUGAUGUAUGUCGAGCUCAUCCAGCGCUGUAAGCAGAUGUACCUGACCGAAUCAGACCGGGAUGAUGAUAAUGUUUACCAGCUUCCCAGUUUUCUGGACUCCAUAGCCAGUGUUCUGGUACACCUGGACAAGAUUCCUGAAGUGUACACGUCUGUGCUGGAGCGUCUCCUGGUGGUUCAGAUCGACACUUUUCCCCAGUACAGCCAGAGGAUGCAGUACACCACCUGUCGCUCUAUCAUCAAGGUUCUUGUAGCAAUGGCAGCCAGGGGCCCUGUUCUGUGGAGUUUUACCAGCUCUGUGGUUCACCAAGGCUUGAUUCGUGUGUGUUCCAAACCAGUGGUACAAGCAGAGGAGCAAGGUGCUGCUCAGAGUAGUCCCAGGACUGAGGAGGGAGCUGGUGAACCCACGUUGGUGCGAUCUGGAAAAUGGAGGGUUCCAUCUUGUAAGGAUUAUCUGGACCUUUUCAGAGGGCUUCUGGACUGCGAGAAUCUUAAGGACACCGGAUUUCUUGAUGGUGCUGCAUUAACCAAAAACUACAGCCUGAAAGCCCUAAACAGGCUCUUGUAUGAUGCAUUUGUGCAGUCGAUCAUGAAGAUUGUGGAGAAGCUUGAUCUCUCUGUGCAGAAAGUGAAAGCAGAAGAUGAGGGACAAAGUGACGUAGGCUCUGGUUUUAUACCCUCUUCUGAUCCCACAAGCAACCUGAUACCCAAUAAACCCAAAGAUUUCACUGCCUUCAUUAAUUUAGUAGACUUCUGCAGUCAGUUACUUCCAUCAAAGAAUCCAGAGUAUUUUGCACAGUGGAUGUACCCUCUGUGCCACGAGCUCAUCCUUCAGUCAAUUCGAUUUCCUCUGGUCAGUGGAUUUUACAGGCUGCUUUCUUUGUCUAUGCUCCUUGCCAAGAAGAUCCAGUAUUUUCAGGAUCAGGGACCCAAAAGCAUAAGUGAGGGCUCCCCGGCUGGAAGUGCCUGUUUUGCACUUAUUUCAAAGUUCGGCAAGGAGGUCUGUGUCCGUAUUAAACAGUAUAAGGAUGAGCUUCUGGCUGCGUGUCUGACUUUUGUGUUGUCUCUCCAUCCGGAUAUGGUGGCUCUGGACAUCAAAGCGUACAUCCCAGCACUACAGGCUGCUUUACGACUGGGUCUGAGUCAUGCUCCACUAGCCACUGCAGCACUGGACGCUCUGGAGUCAUGGUCCUCCCACAUCCCCUUCUCCAUCAUUCAACCACACUAUGCAGACAUUCUGCCUCACUUGGACGGCUACCUCAAAACAGCCACCAGCAGUGGUAAGGAUGAGGGCAGUAUGAGUGUGACUUUUGUGUCAUCGGGCACUGAAAAGGGAUAUGGCAAAGUAAUGAUGAGGCUCCUAAAGAAGUCCAAACAUCUGCCUCUGGCGGAUGAUUCUCCCAUCACUGCAGUGCGAAGGCGAGUGGUGCGACUUUUAGGCCACCUUGGAGGACAGCUGAACAGGAACCUUGUAACAGCCAUUUCUACAGAGGACAUGCUGAGGCGCUUUGUAGCGUGGGACAGUGAAAAAAGACUGAGCUUUGCUGUGCCAUUCAAAGACAUCAAGCCUGUAAUCUACCUGGACCCUUUUCUGCCGCGAAUCACAGAGCUUGCCCUUUCCUCCAGCGACAGGCAAACUAAAGUGGCAGCAUGUGAGCUUCUUCACAGUCUGGUGGUGUAUAUGGUGGGAAGAGGAGCUCAGAUGGCAGAGGGCGAGAAGUCUACUCCACCCAUGUACAAUCUGCACAAACGGGUCUUUCCUGUGCUCUUACGCCUGGCCUGUGAUGUUGAUCAGGUUACCAGGCAGCUGUUUGAGCCGCUGGUGAUGCAGCUGAUCCACUGGUUCACCAACAACAAAAAGUUUGAGAGUCAGGACACAGUAGCGGUGCUGGAAGCCAUUCUGGAUGGAGUGGUGGACCCACUGGACAGCACCUUGAGAGAUUUUAGUGGCCGCUGCAUUCAGGAAUUUGUGAAAUGGUCAAUUAAACAGACCACUCCAAAACAGCAGGAGAACAGCCCAGCUAACAUCAAGUCCUUGUUCAAGCGCAUCUACAGCCUGGCUUUGCAUCCCAAUGUGUUUAAGAGACUUGGAGCUGCACUCACCUUUAACAACAUCUAUAGACACUUCAGAGAGGAAAACUCUCUUGUGCAGCAGUUUAUAUUUGAGGUGCUUGUGGUGUUCGUGGAGAGCUUGGCUUUAGCACACUCGGAUGAAAAGUCGCUGGGAACCAUCCAGCAGUGCUGCAGCGCUUUGGAUCAUCUUAAAAGGAUAAUCAAACACAAGGCAGAGACUCUCAAUCAGAAUGCCAAGCAGAGACGCAUACCUAGGGGUUUCCCUCCAGAGCAGCCGCUCUCUCUCUGUAAUGUGGUUACAUGGCUAUUGACCCAAUGUGGACGUCCACAGACUGAAUGUAGGCACAAGUGCCUGGAGCUUUUCUAUGAGUUUGUGCCACUGCUACCAGGUAAGGCUUCUGCCGCACAGUGGCUGGAGGACCACAUAAAAAGAGACGGUCAGGAGUUUAUCAUCGCACGUCUGGAGGGUGGAGGUUUGCUGUCUCAACCCACUCUAAGAGAACUGGAAGCUCCCUUUAGUGUUCGAGCCACACUGCAAUGGAUGGAUCUGUUGCUGGCUGCUCUCGACUGCUACAACACUUUCACCAGUCUCCGUCUUCUUCAGCCUGGGAAUAUUCUGGACUCCAGUGAGAAAUCCAGCUUUCUGCCAGCCGUCCGUUUCUUCCUGACAGAACUGGCACUGGAUGACUUAAAGGCAGCAAGGGCCUGUUUUAAGGCAGCUGAUUCCACUUGGCCUCACUUUAGCCCUCGAGAGACGGAGCUCUACAACUACAGCAAGUGCACCAUCAUUGUACGACUGCUGGAGUUCUCCACCAUGGUUCUGCUCAAAUGCCAGCAGGACCUCUGGAAGCUGCUGGAACAAGAUCUUUUCAGUGCUACCUUCUUCACGCUGGUCACUAUGACUGUGUGUGAACCGUCUUCUGUUGGGUUCAACAUGGCCGAUCUGGAGGUGAUGACUCGCCUGCCAGAGGUGUGUGUACCGCUACUAAAGGCCCUGGCAGCAACCCAUUAUAGGACAGCUCUGGAGAACAGCAUCAGGAAGAAGAUAACUACACAAUGUGUGGAGGAAUUGUGUGCAGUGGAUCUGUAUGAUCUGGACACUCAGGAUAGCCAUGCCAGGCUGGAACUUUUACUCUCAGCCUUUAAACAGCUUCACCAAAGUGGGCUUCUGAGCUCCAUCCUGCACAACCAGGACUUGGCUUAUAUUAGGUCUCUAGGUUUUAAACUUCUCAUGGCAGUGUACAGAGGCAUUGCACCUGGAGGGAACAGGAAGUCCCUCCCCUCUAUGGAUGUCAGUAGCAGGAAGUUGGCUAACGGUUUAGUGCAGCUGGCUUUCUCUCUGGGUGAUCAGACGGAACAGUUGGUGGAUUUGCUGCUCAAUUCAGUCACUCUGUCAGUGCCUCUGUCAGGCAGCCUGAACCCUCACUUUCUAAGCUUUUCCCAUGGAGAAUAUUUCUACAGCCUCUUCCAGAACACAGUUAAUGCAGAACUUCUGUGCCACUUGGACUGCUCUGUUCCUCUGCUACUCAAUGCAGCCACCAAAAACCCCAACAUGGUCAGUGUCCUUCUCAACGGCAUGUUGGACCACAGUUUUCGUGAGCGCUCGGUCAGGAAGACUCAAGGCUCACGACUGGCUGAGCAAGUACUAAGGGGGUGGGACUUGCUGAAACCAUGGUGGGCUAGCCAAGACGCCUCACCAGAGAGCAAAACUUCAAUCCUUACAUUGCUUUCCAAAGUUCUACAGAUUGAUUCUUCUGUAAGCACGAAUACUGAUCAUCCAGCGUUCACCUCAGUUUUUGCUACCUUCAUCAGUCUUAUCACAGAUAUGGCUCUGCCCCUAAAUCUGAAGAGCCAGGCCCUGAUCAUGCUGCCCUUCUUUACUACAUUACCCACUGGCCCUUUGGAGGAACUAAAGAGGGCUCUAGAGGCCUUAGUGGCCAAUCAUUUUCCAAUGCAAUCAGAUGAGUUCCCUCGUGGAUCGCUUCAGCGCAACAAUUACAUGGAUUGUAUUCGUAAGUUUUUAGAUGCACUGGAGCUAUCCCAGAGCCCCCUUCUGUUAAAGCUAAUGGCUAAAGUCCUAUGUCGAGACAAAAAGCACCUCAUGGAGGACCUCUUUCAGACAUGCUUCCAGAGAAUUGUGAGACAGUCGAGCUGUGAAGGCCAAGUUCUCCUUCUCUGCACCAUCUAUGAGAUGUUCCAAUCCAAAGAUGUUCCUAUGAACUUUAUGCUCAUGGGCCUGUUGGACCGAGUGCUCAUCCCACUGGCCACUCAUUGUAGUGCUAAAGCGCUGGCUCAGUUUUUCAUCACCAACGUGGCUAACAUCAUGAGUAGCCUACAGGCUCGCUUUUCUAAAUCUGUCGAAUCUACUUUCGAGACUCAAAUCAUCAUGAAGAUCGGUUGCUGUAGGCUGCUGGAGUUGCUUUACUCUCGCCUGCCAAAAGAGGAGGUCUACUCAAAAGACUCAGCCAUUAACCAGGCCUUUUGUGGUCCAGCCAAGGGUGAGGGAAACGAACUGUCCAAAAGUCUGCUCAAGACAUGUUUUGAGGCUUUUACAGAGAACAUGGCAGGAGAGACGGCUCUGCUGGAGUUAAGGAGGCAGUACCACUGUGCAGCGUACAACUGUGGCAUUGCACUCAUCAGCUGCUGCUUUAACGAGACAAAGUUUUACCAGGGGUUUCUCUUCACCGAGAAACCAGAAAAGAAUCAGUUUAUUUUUGACAACCUCAUUGACACACAAAGGACGUACAACUUUCCCAUCGAGAUUGAUGUUCCUAUUGAAAGAAAGAAGAAAUAUGUAAUGAUUAGAAAGGAAGUGAGUGAAGAAAACAAAGAUGCACCAGUAUACCUCUCUUCUCAGUCCUACAUGGCUGACAGUAGUCUCAGUGAGGAGAUGAGUCAGUUUGACUUCUCUACUGGGGUCCAAAGCUUUUCCUACAACUCCCAGAAUCCAGCAGCCCAUCGCAGCAGCAGCAGGACAAGGGACCGCAUGGAGGAUCUGUCUCCCGAUGAGGCUGUUGAGUUGGAGAUGGAUGAGCUGAACCAGCAUGAGUGCAUGGCCACCAUGACUGCCCUGUUCCACCACAUGCAGAGAAACAACAUUACGCCAAAAGUAGAGGAAGGUGUGAUACCAACUGAUCUUCCUCCCUGGAUGAAGUUCCUGCAUGGAAAGUUGAUGAAUCCAUCAACCCUUCUGAACAUCCGACUUUUCAUCGCCAAACUGAUCAUUAACACUGAAGAGGUGUUCCGUCCCUAUGCCAAACAUUGGUUGGGUCCACUUUUACAGCUGGUGGUUUCUGGUAACAACGGAGGAGAGGGCAUCCACUUCAUGGUGGUGGACAUUGUGGUUACUGUCCUUUCUUGGAUUAGUGUGGCUACUCCAAAGGGUAACACUAGAGAUGAAGUCCUGGCCAAUCGUUUGAUAGAGUUUCUAAUGAAAAACUGCUUCCACAACAAGAGGGCCGUGUUCAGGCAUAAUCUGGAGAUCAUUCGUACCAUAGUGGAAUGCUGGAAAGACUGUCUGCACAUUCCGUACAGUCUGAUAUUUGGCCACUUUUCUGGAACAGAUACCAACAGUAAAGACAACUCUGUUGGAUUGCAGCUCUUAGGCAUUGUGUUGGCCAAUCAUCUUCCCCCGUAUGAUCCUGCAUGUGGCAUUGAGCAUGACAGGUACUUCCAAUCCCUGGCCAACAACCUGUCCUUCACUAGAUAUAAAGAUGUAUACUCUGCUGCUGCGGAAAUCAUUGGGUUAACCCUAAACUACAUGACUGACAGGCAAGAUCAAAAUGAUGCCUGCUUGUUAAACGCAACUGUUACCAAACUCAUGGACUUAAAGAAGAAGGAUCUGAAUGACAAAUUUGUUAUAUGUUUGAGCAAAUGCAUCAAACACUUCCCACCUCUGCUAGAUCGAUUCGUCAAUCAUGUUUUUUAUCUGCUGCCAAAACUACAUGGCAUGUUGAAGACUUACUGCCUGGAUUGUGUGCUCACCCGUGCUGAUGUCAUUCCGGAUAUCUUCCUGCACCUCAAGACCAAGGGCUUUACUCAGAUUAUGGCCCAAAGAGAUGAGGCAAGGCAGCGGGUGUGUCUGGACAUUGUACAUAAGAUCCUGGGGAUUCUAAAGCCAGAUGAGCUGAAGCAGAUUUUAGGGGCAGUCUGCGCCUUUGUCUCUCACCCAUCACCUGCAUGCAGAGAGAGGAUGUAUGCCAUCCUGAUGUGGAUCCAGGAUAACUACAGUGAUCCUGAGAGCAGAGCAGACAAUACAUGUGUAGAAGUACUUGAUACAGCUAAGGAAACACUCCUCCAGGGUCUAACGGAGGAGAAUCUGGGCUUACAGUUGUACGUACGAAACUUCUGGAGUCACGAGAGCCGUUUACCAUCUGCUACGCUGGACCGAAUGCUUAAAGUGCUGGACUCUCUGUACUCAUCCCGCAUCGAGGAACGCUUCCUUAGCCUGGCUACAGACUUACUGCUGGAAAUGACCAGUCAGAGUCCCGACUACACGCGCAACAUGUUUGAGUUCCCACUGUCCGAGUGCACAUUUCAGGAUUACACAAUUGACUCUAACUGGCGUCUGCGGAGCACCGUCCUCACCCCCAUGUUCAUGGAAACCCAAAUGACCCAGGCAGCAGGCUCACAGGGGUCGGGGAGUGCAGGGAUGCAGCCAGCCAGCAUGAAGGGUCAAAUCCGAGCAACCCAGGCCUCUCUCGAGUUCUCCCAGACUCAGGCUCCUGGAGCAGGUCGACGUUAUAACUGGUUGACAGGAAGCAGUGUGGACACACUAGCAGAUUACUCGCUAUCUUCUGACUCUGCUUCGUCCCUGCUGGUGUUUGAAAAGAAAAGAGCGGAACGGCCUGCAACUUGGAGAGCUGUGGGCUCCGAUUUUGGAUCCAAACGACUGACUGCCUCUACCGAUGAGACAGACAGUCGCAGUGCAGCUGAACGGGAACGACGUGCCGAUAUUCUAAGGCUGAGGCGACGGUUCCUAAAGGACAAAGAAAAGGAGAACAUCAAGUUUGCACAGAGAGAAAUCCAGUCCCAAAGAACAGAAAGGGAAAAAAGGGCAGAGCAGAAAUUAAGGCAAGAAGCUCAGAUCACCUUGUACCGUAGCUACAGGGUGGGAGAUCUGCCUGACAUUCAGAUUCAGUACAGCAGUCUUAUUGCACCCUUACAGGCCCUGGCACAGAGGGAUGCCACACUGGCCAAGCAACUGUUCAGUUCCCUGUUUUCUGGCGUUCUGGUUGAGCUGGAGAGAUCACAUCCUUCUAAAGAGCAAGUGGGGAUCCUGAAGGAUCUGCUGCAGAACAUGAACAACUUUCUGUACAACAGCACUACGUAUUUCCCGCCCUUUGUUGCUUGUGUGCAGGACAUGUGUUACCAGCACAAGGCCCUGCUGCAUGUACAGCCUGCCAGUGUCAGUACCAGCUGUUUGGCCAGCUUGCAGCAGCCAGUGGGUAUUCUUCUUCUGGAGGAAAGCCUGCAACACUCCAGCAACAUGCCUGAAGAGCCUCCCUCCAAGCGGGCACGGGGCAGAAGGGAGAUGCCCCCUGACACAGAGCGCUGGAUUCAUUUAGCAAAGUUGUAUAGGUCUUUGGGGGAUUAUGAUGUUGUAAGGGGCAUCUUUGGUGGGAAGGUUGGCACAAAGCCCAUCACAUGCACUGCACUGCAGUCAGAAGCAAAAAGUGACUACGCAGAGGCAGUAAAGCUAUACAAUGAGGCACUGAACACAGAGGAGUGGAAGGAUGGGGACCCAACUGAUGCAGAGAAGGACUUUUGGGAGAUUGCAGCUCUGGAGGCCUAUAAUCACCUCACUGAGUGGAAGUCUCUGCAGUACUGUGCUACAGUUAACAUAGAUGACAGCUCCCCAGUCAACCUGGACAAGAUGUGGGAUGAUCCAUUUUAUCAGGAAACGUACCUGCAGCACAUGAUGCGCAGUAUGCUGAAGCAGUUGCAGCUGGGCCAGAGGAGCCAGGAUCUGCUAAGCUUUGUGGAUGCUGCUAUGAAGGUGGAGCAACGGAAACUGGUGAUGGAGACGCACUAUAGUCAGGACCUCAGUCUGCUCUACAUCCUGCAAGAAGACUACGACCGAGCAAAAUACUAUGCCAACAAUUGCAUGCAGGUCUUCAUGCAGAACUACUCCAGUAUCGACCCACUGCUAAACCGCAGUCGUUUGACGAUCCUUCAAUCAGUCCAAGCUUUGACUGAAAUCCAGGACUUCCUGCAGUACAUCACAGGAGAAAUCUCAGUGUGUUCUCUGAAAAGGGUAAUCAAGCGGUGGACCAGUUGCUACCCUGAUGCUAAAGUUGACCCGAUGAAUGUGUGGGAUGACAUUAUCACAUCCCGUUGUUUCUUCUUGGAUAAGAUCUUGGAAAAGCUCAGCUCUUCUCCUGCAAACAGUAUGGAAGUAGAUGGUGCUGAGCAGGACAGCAUGGAAGACUUAGGAGCCUUGGUGAAGGACUGCAAGUUUAAUAUGAAACUCUGCAUGGCAGAUAGUGCCUGGAGACAGAACAACUUUUCCGUGGCCACCAAGCUGUUGAAAGAGCUACACAGGGAGGCGAAGACUGAGAAGGACUGGCUGCAGCACUGGGUUCACUGCUUUAGCCGCUUCACACAGCGUAGGAGCCAUAGUCUGGGUCCUGCAGAGCAAAUCAGCUCCUUGCUCAAGACUGUACCACUGCUCGAGGAGAUUGAGAGGCAGGGUGAAGGCUGCAUUGGCAAGGUGUUUAGGGACCAAAGGAUACUGCUGGGCACCAACCUUGACCUUUUGGCUUGUGCUGUGCACCGCAGUCCUUCGACUUUGGAGGCCCUUGGAGAGGAGAAGGCACAGAAAGUGCUACAACUUUCUGGGGCUUCUGAUUAUCAUCAGGUGGUGGAAGGGCUGCAGACGCAUGCUCUGGAUCUUUUAAGGAGUGCUGCAUGUAAGGCUGAGGAAGAGGAGCAAUCAUUCAGCCACAAGCAUGCAGACACAGCGGGUAUUACAGAGGCCUACAUGACUCUUGCCAACUUCUGUGACCGACGACUAAGAGAAGAUGAGCAAAGAGUAGAUGCAAUGAGCACAUCUAGUCUGCAAAGUCUGCCUGCUGAUGUGGUAAAGAUGGUGCUGAAAGCACUGAAGCUUAAUUCUGAGGAAGCCAGACUCAAGUUUCCACGUCUGCUGCAGCUGGUGGAGCUCUACUCCGCAGAGACGUUGGAUCUGAUGACUAAAGAGUUGGUGAGUGUUCCCUGCUGGCAGCUGAUUGGCUGGAUCAGUCAGAUGAUGGCUCUGUUGGACAAGCCAGAGGCAGUGGUGGUUAAGCAUGUGAUUGAGCAGAUUGCAGAGUGUUAUCCACAGGCACUCGUUUACCCCUUCAUGAUAAGCAGUGAGGGAUACAAAUUCGAGGAGUCCGCCAUCGGUCACCAAAAUCAGGAGUUUGUUAACAAGCUGAAGGCAAUGCUGGAUAAAGGAGGGGUCAUUCGAGAGUUUGUUAAUGCUCUUCAGCAGCUCACCAAUCCUGAUAUGCUGUUUAAGGAUUGGUUGGACGACCUUAAGAGUCAGUUGGAGAAACCCAGAUUUGACAAGAAGAAGAUGAAGGAGCUGUAUGAAGAAAUGUGUGCCUCACUUUUUGACUCAACUCAAGCAAUUGGAGCUUUCAGGAGAAAAUUUAUUCAGAAAUUCUCCAGAGAAGUGAAUAAGCUUUUUGGUCCAGGUGGUACUAAAGUGUUUGAGAAGCGUAAAGAUAAAGAGUAUCUGAGGAAAGUGGAAGAGCUGGGAAUAAAUAUGAAAGGUUUUCAGAAGGAGCCUGGGAAUCUAAAGGAGUAUUCACCAUGGCUCAGCAACUUCAGAGCAGACACGCUCAGGAACGAGCUGGAGGUGCCAGGACAGUAUGAUGGUAGAUCCAAACCUCUGCCUGAGUACCAUGCAAAGAUCACAGGUUUUGAUGAAAGGGUUAAGAUCAUGACUUCCAUUCGUCGUCCAAAACGUCUCAUUGUGCGCGGUGAUGAUGAGAGAGACCACCCCUUUUUGGUGAAAGGGGGAGAAGACCUUCGGCAAGACCAGCGUAUCGAGCAACUCUUCGGGAUCAUGAACAUUAUUCUCAACCAGGACGCAGCCUGUUCCCAACGUAGCCUGACACUACGUACCUACCAGGUCGUUCCCAUAACCAGCAGGAUUGGGCUGAUAGAAUGGAUGGAGAACACCUGUACUUUAAAAGAGUUCCUGUCUAGCAGAAGGACUGAGCAGGAGCAGAAAACAGAACUUGAUCCUAUAAACAUGUAUGAUACUUGGCUAAAUAAAGUUGCUGGGAAGAUAGUGGGAAUAAGAAGAUAUGCUGAGGCAUACAGGAGGGCAAGCCGAACGGACACCGUAAAUAACUUUAAAAGGAUUGAGCAGACUGUGCCAGAGGAUCUGCUGAGACGAGCUUUUGUAAGAAUGAGCACAACGCCUGAAGCUUUUCUCUCACUGCGCUCUCACUUUGCCAGCUCCCAUGCACUACUCUGCAUUAGUCACUGGGUGCUGGGCAUUGGAGACCGCCACCUCUCCAAUUUCAUGAUCAAUACUGAAACAGGAGGCAUGAUCGGCAUUGACUUUGGCCAUGCUUUUGGAUCAGCAACUCAGUUUCUGCCAGUGCCGGAGCUGAUACCAUUUCGGCUUACCAGGCAGUUUGUGAGUCUGAUGAAGCCCAUGGCCGAGUCUGGCCUGAUCCGCAGCGUGAUGGUUCACUCACUCCGGGCUUUCAGAGAUAAGCCUGAUCACCUACUCAACACGAUGGAUGUGUUUGUCAAAGAGCCAUCUCUGGACUGGAAGAACUUUGCAGUGAAGCAGCUAAAGAAAGGAGGCUCCUGGACAGAGAGUGUUAAUACAGAGGAAAUCAACUGGUACCCACUACAGAAGAUCAACUUUGCUCAUAGAAAGCUAGAGGGAGCAAACCCCUCAGUCAUUACCAGUGAAGAGCUGCAGCUUGGCUUUGAGAAGGACCCCACGUUUAAGGGCAUGCUGGAUGCGGCUCGAGGGAGCGAGGAACACAAUAUCCGCGCCCGGCUCGGAGAAAAAGACCUGAGAGUGGAAGAGCAGGUGGAUUGCCUUAUAGACCAGGCGACUGAUGCAAAUCUACUGGGCAAGACAUGGGUAGGCUGGGAGCCCUGGAUUUAAUGUACCACGUUUUUCUAGCACUUAAUUCCGUUGUGCCUCUUAUAUGUAGGUAACUGACAAGAGCUUUACUGUUGUAGCCUAAUGACAUCACAAAAAACUAAUCGAAUUAGACUUAUUAGCAGAAAUAUUGAUUUGACUGUAGGGCUUGGACCAAAUGCUGUGCUAAUUAUGUUAUACAUUCAUAAAACCUUUCUACAAAGUCAUUGAUGAAUUGUGGUGUAAGGCUCUGCUACCAAAGUAGAAUUGUCUUUUACAAUAGGGCGAGGUCAGAUGAUCAGUUUAGUUUGGUGUGUUGGAGGUUUUUUUAGACAAGACAAGCCUUUAAUAAAAAAAAUGCUGUGUCAGUGUGGGCCUUUGGGAUUUUGGUCACUGAUUUUGGGAUGGGAUGUAACUUUUUUUUUUUACCAUUAAAUGCUCGUCAUCAAUUA